AUGGCACGUGAACUUCAAGGAUGCAGCAUUCAAGUCUUACAGGAAGCUCAUCCAGAAUGGUGUCGCGGGAAAUGCUUCUUGAACCAAUCUCAGUCGUUAGACUGGGACGUUGAGGAAGAGGUCAUUGAAUGGAUUGCCCUCUUUUCGGAUGGGCACUUCCGCUACCUCCGGCGCCGAUCCUUCUGGACGAGGACCACGAGUGAAGCGACUGGUCCCGAGGCGAUUGACCACGAGGAGCUGGAAGGGGUGGGCCGUUGGGACUGCGCUUGGGACGGUGCCACGAAGGAAAUGGUCAUGCUGGAGGGCAUGGUGAGCGCAGAACGUGGAAGGAGCGUGAUGCUGGCAGCCUCUGAACUGGGCCCCUACAUCCCCGGCCUGGGCCAAGCGUAUCACACCUCGGUGCUGAUCGACAAUGAGGAGUAUCAGUUCGAUGGCAACGGCAUUUGCGUCAGUCAAGGCCUUACCAGCCAUGCGCGUUUUACACGUGGCCACGAGCUGAUUCUGCUUGGUCACACCACACAAAGUCCCAAGGCGAUGGUUGCGCUGCUGAAGGCCUACUUUCAGCCUGGGAGCUACGAUCUUCUACGGAAGAACUGCAACUCAUUUUCGAGUUGUGCGUUGCACUACCUUCUGGAGUCUUCGAUGGAUUCCAAGUACUCUUUCAUGGAAUCGGUGGCCCAGAGCGUGAAUAAUUACAUCAACCUUGUCAGCCUGAUCAUGCCCAAUUACGAGCCGAACCCUUUCGCCGAAGGUUUCAGCGUCGACUUGGUCUGUCGGGACAUCAAUCUGCAGAAGAAUGCGAUGAAAGGAUCCCAAAGGCAAAGCCGUGCAUGGAACCUUGUCUGGCGCUUGCAGAGGAAGGCCAAGGCUGGUCGCGAGCUGCUGCGUCACGCAUUCUGCGGCUCCAAGAAGAUGCCAGAGGAGCCAACGUCCAAGGAUGAGAUGGACUUAAGGAGUGAAGUGAUCUGA